CGUGGUUAAUAUCAGUUGUUAGCGGGCUCGAUCGCGUAGUAGUGAAUAUUUUAGUGAGUGUUUUUUUAUACAACUUAUCAUGUACAUAUCAAAACUCCAAUUUAAUUUUAGUUGUAUUAAUAGUUGAAUGUGUUAAAUCUACAAGUACAAUUAAAUCUACAUUGUUUAUAUUUGAAUUUAAAAAAAGAUGGAUAAAACUGUAAACAAAAAGAAUAAUAAAUAUAAAACAUACGCCGAUGGUACCGAGAGAAAGAGAAACAAACCGAACAUCUUUUCAAGAAUAUUUCUGUGGUGGGUAUGCCCAGUGCUUUUUAAAGGUAAUCGAAGAGACGUCGAAGAAGAUGAUCUUAUAGUACCUACUAAGAAAUAUGAUUCUGAAAAGCUGGGAGAUGAUUUUGAAAGGUACUGGCAAGAUGAACUAAGGCGAGCAGAGCUAGAAAAUAGACCGCCAUCGCUAUGGAAAGUUAUAGUGAGAGCGUAUUGGGUAGCAUAUCUACCAAGUGGAAUCUUUGUACUCAUUUCAGCAGCUGCAAGGACGUAUCAGCCACAGAUGUUUGGUCAGCUCUUGACUUACUGGUCCGUGGACUCUCAAAUGUCACGGCAAAGCGCUGGUCUCUACGCCCUGGCUAUACUGGGGCUAAACUUCCUUGCUCUUAUGUGUCAACACCAUAACUCUUUAUUCGUAAUGCGGUUCAGUUUAAGGAUCAAAAUUGCGUGCUCGGCUCUUCUAUACCGUAAAGUGCUUCGGAUGAAUCAAGUAACUCUUGGUGAAGUCGCGGGUGGGAAACUAGUCAAUUUACUUUCCAAUGACGUGGCCAGAUUUGACUACGCCUUCAUGUUUUUGAACAAUAUAUGGGUGAUCCCCAUACAAUCCGCUGCAGUGCUCUAUCUGUUAUACGAUGCCGCUGGGUACGCGCCAUUCGUAGGAUUAGGGGCUGCAAUCGUUUUGAUUCUGCCGUUGCAAGUAACACUCAUGAAAUUCACGUCCAUAGUAAGACGUCAAGUAGCACAAAGGACAGACAGGCGAAUCAAAUUGAUGAAUGAAAUCAUAAACGGAAUACAGGUUAUUAAAAUGUACGCGUGGGAGAUACCUUUCCAACUGGUAGUGAAGGCAGUCCGAGAGUACGAAAUGCGAGCUUUGAGAAAGGCCAUGUUUAUUCGGAGCUCUUUUAUUGGCUUUAUGCUGUUUACAGAGAGGACCAUCAUGUUGUUCACUGUUAUAACACUGGUGUUUGCUGGAUCUAUGAUAUCUGCGACUACGAUUUAUCCGAUUCAACAAUACUUGAGCACUAUUCAGUUCAACGUUACGAUGAUAUUGCCCCUGGCUAUUGCUUCUUUGUCAGAAAUGUUGGUCUCACUUGAACGCAUUCAAAGCGUUCUAGUUAUGGAUGAAGUUUCUGACACCGUUGUUAAACCUGCCAAUGGCAAGGCCAAUAACCUAACUUUUAAUAACAAAACAAACCCCCAAAAUGGAGAAAAUAAUGUCAUUGCUAAUAAAAUCUCAAUCAUUGAUAAUUUUGAGAUAGAAACUGCUACCGCUAAACCUUCAAAUAGCGAAUACGCCGUGGAAAUAAGUGGAGUGAAUGCGUCAUGGGUAGACGAUGCCAAACCUGAGGACGCCACGUUGAAAAAUUUGUCUUUGCGGGUGCGCCAUAAAAAGCUGAGUGCUAUUAUAGGUCCUGUUGGCUCUGGCAAGACUUCAGUACUCCAACUUAUUCUUAGGGAGCUUCCAACUCGCACUGGAUGUGUCAAAGUAAAUGGUACUAUUUCUUAUGCUAGUCAAGAGCCAUGGCUCUAUCCGGGAACCGUACGAGAAAACAUUUUGUUUGGAUGUAACUAUGAUGCUGCAAAAUACAAAGAGGUGAGCCGCGUAUGUUCGCUUCAACCAGACUUCAAACAGUUUCCGUAUGGUGACCUUUCGUUGGUUGGUGAUCGCGGAGUUUCAUUAUCUGGUGGUCAAAGGGCGAGAAUAAAUUUAGCCCGGGCUAUCUACAGAGACGCUGACAUAUAUCUAUUGGACGACCCGCUGUCCGCGGUAGAUGCAAAUGUAGGUCGGCAGUUGUUUGAAAACUGUAUCAAAGGCUACCUCGCUAAAAAAACAUGCAUUUUAGUUACACAUCAAAUACACUAUCUCAAGGCAGCCGACCAGCUUAUCAUUCUGAAUGAGGGUAGUAUUGAGAAUAUGGGUACAUAUAAUGAUCUUGUUAAGUCAGGUAAAGAAUUUUCAUCGCUGCUGGCUAACCUUCAAGAGGGUGACGAAGCAGAUGAUGAUGCAAAUAAAAAGGCUGAGAAGAGACCAUCUUUGCAUAGAGGAGUAUCAGUGAAGAGUGACGAUAAUUCAAAUGAAGAAAAAGAGCAAGUUUUAGAAGCAGAAGAGAGAGCUAAAGGAAAUUUGAAGUGGGAAGUACUUGCCAGUUAUAUAAGCUGCGUUCAGUCAUGGUUCAUGAUUGUGUUCGCUCUGGCCAGCUUGAUUAUAACUCAAGUAUCAGCCACUACAGCGGAUUAUUGGAUCAGCUACUGGACAAAUGCUGUAGACAGUUACAUAAAUGGCUUACCAGAAGGCACUGACCCAGAUCCUGGCUGGAACACACAAAUCGGAACCUUAACAACAGCACAAUUUGUUUAUAUAUUUUCUGGAGUGGUCGCAGCGCUUAUAAUCUUUUCACAAUUGCGCAUUGUAUCUUUCGUACAUAUGACCAUGCGUGCUUCACAAAAUUUGCACAACAUGGUAUUCAAGAGUUUGAUUAAUGCUGUUAUGAGAUUUUUUGAUACCAAUCCCGGUGGUAGAAUCCUAAAUAGGUUUUCCAAAGACUUGGGUGGAGUCGAUGAGUUGUUGCCGAGAAGUAUGUUGGAGACCCUACAGAUGUACUUGUCUAUGACAAGUAUUCUAGUACUAAACGCGUUAGCUCUUCCCUGGACAUUAAUACCGACACUUGUUCUAAUUGUUAUAUUCGUGCUCCUAUUACGAUGGUACUUAAAUGCUGCUCAGGCUGUAAAACGUCUUGAAGGAACAACAAAGAGUCCUGUGUUUGGGAUGAUCAAUUCCACAUUGGCUGGACUCUCGACAAUCAGAAGUUCUAAUGCUGAAACAAGAUUACUGAGACAAUUUGAUAACGCACAGGAUAUUCACUCGAGUGCCUUUUACACGUUCUUGGGUGGCUCUACUGCUUUUGGUUUAUACUUGGAUACGUUGUGUUUGGUAUACCUUGCAAUCAUCAUGUGUAUCUUCCUGCUCAUUGAUUUUGAUAAUGUGAUACCCGUUGGUAGUGUGGGUUUAGCUGUCAGCCAGUCCAUGGUGCUGACCAUGAUGCUGCAGAUGGCUGCCAGGUUCACUGCAGACUUCCUAGCCCAAAUGACCUCAGUGGAGAGGGUGCUCGAAUACAGGAAACUGCCCCCGGAGCUCUAUAUGGAUGAAGGACCUACGCAACCACCUUCUCAGUGGCCCACGCAAGGAGGAAUAGUUUUUGAAAAUGUAACCAUGAAGUACGGUCCUGAAGAUCCCCCAGUUUUAAGAAAUCUAAACUUCGUCAUUAAUCCUGCUUGGAAGGUGGGUGUCGUGGGUCGUACCGGUGCAGGCAAGUCGUCUCUGAUAUCAGCUCUUUUCCGCCUCACCGAAAUCGAAGGAAGUAUCAAAAUAGAUUCUAUCAACACGGAAGGUGUUUCUAAGAAGGAUUUAAGGUCGCGCAUAUCGAUAAUACCUCAAGAACCCGUGCUGUUUUCUGCUACGGUUCGCUACAAUUUGGACCCUUUCAACAACUACAGCGACGACGACAUUUGGCGGGCUUUGGAACAGGUGGAACUAAAGGAUGCUGUGCCCGCCCUGGAUUUCAAGGUAUCUGAAGGUGGCAGCAACUUCUCGGUGGGUCAGCGUCAACUGAUUUGCCUGGCGCGAGCAGUACUGCGGUCCAAUAAGAUUCUUGUCAUGGACGAGGCUACGGCCAACGUGGACCCUCAAACUGACGCUCUAAUCCAGCAGACCAUCCGCCGGCAAUUUGCAUCUUGCACUGUGCUCACAAUAGCACAUCGACUGAACACUAUCAUGGACUCAGACAGAGUUCUCGUCAUGGACAAGGGCCAAGCAGUCGAGUUUGACUAUCCUUAUAAGUUACUCUCUAAUCCGAAUAGUGUAUUCACAUUCAUGGUCAACGAAACUGGAGAAAACAUGGGCAAAGUAUUGUACGAAAUGGCUAAGUCGAAGUACUUCAAUGACAACCCAGAAGCAAGAUAGUCAUUAUUUUUUUUUGCGCUUUUUUUAAUAACGUUUUGGUGAUGGAUUGAGAAUUAAAAUAUUAAAUUCGAAUGUCCUGUAUUAUUGAAAAUUUACCUCGCUAUAAUAUAGAAAAAAAUAUCACCGAGAUUAUAUUUAAGAACUGUACUGUACGAUAAAAGUAGCUAAGAGUAUUUUGUACCUAUAUUUAUUUAAAUAAAAAUUUAAAAAUUA